AUGGCUAGUAACGAUGAAUAUGAAAUUGUUCUGAUAGAGAAUGAAAUAGAUGCUUGUUUAUGCGCUAAACUACUUGCAGAAGAAUUUGCUGCACACAAUCCUUUAUCGAUUUUUAAUCAAGCAACAGCCAAGCAAUCAUUCGAUCAAUGGGCAUGGCCAUUUAUGAUCAAUGCACUUGAUAAAAAAUUAUCAUUCCUUAUAGGACAUCGUUCAACGAAUGAAAUUGUUGCAGUAAUCAUAGCCAGUAAUCUAUUUUUAUAUUGUGAAAAACAUCCAUAUGAUGCUUCUAGCCCUGCAUCUCAUCACCCAACGAACGAUUUAUUAGCAGAAAUGCUUGAUCAAUUUAUUCAUCCUGGUGCAACACGAUCUAAACAUUCAGGUAAAACGUUAGGCGCUCAACUACGUACACAUGUAUGUACUCAUGCACGAAAUACAAAAGGAUUUCAAUAUGCAUUUAUACAAACAUGUAAUCCAGCAACACGUCAUAUCUAUGUUAAAAGAAUGAAUGGAAAAGAAAUGACAAUUCUUGAUCCAGCAACUUGGGUGUGGAAGAAGAAAGAUGAUGGUUUAUCAUGUCCAUUUACAGACUAUAAAGACGAACCAAUUGUUAAUAUUUUUCUCAAUCUGACUAAACAACAAUAA